AUGGCAAGCGAACAGGUUAUAAGCCCAAGACAAGAAGAAAACGAAGACACCAACGCGGCACAGGCGCCGCCGGCAACCGGUCACGAAAGGGCCGCGGACGCGCCUGCUACGGUCGUCUCUCCCAUCGAUCACGCAAGGAGCGCGGAGCCUGACGGACUGGCGAGGGUUCUCGAGAUGCUUUCGGGCAUGGACUUGCAAAUGCAGAAGAUGGAACCGUCCCAAGCACGCAUGGACGAAGACGAGCGCAUGCGUGGCGCUCACGAGAAAGAGCUGUUCCGAUCAGAGCUCGGGGCGGACUUCGCAGGUGACUCCACGGCGGAGCAAUGGAGCUUGAGGACUUGCACGAUCGGCAGCCUCAGCAACAACUGCGGCCCGCCUGCCUCAUUGCCGCCAUACCAGCCGCCACCAGUGCCCCAGGCGAUGCCGGUAGCUCCAGGGCAGCCAGUACAGCAGCGGCAACAAUUGAUGCCGAUGCAGCAUCGCACUCCGGAUGCCAGGCAGCGCAAGCUGGCGAUCCACAAGUUCGAUGGCACCGAGGUGUACGUUGGACUCGGGUUCGGCUUCUUCGACUGGGGCAAGACGUUUUGGCGCCAGGUCGACAUAGGAAAGGAGUCUUGCGGUUUCCUGUGGAGCGAGAAUGUGAAGACUGACGUGCUCGGGCAGUACCUCACUGGCACUGCCGAGCGGUAUUUCAGCAAGCAGGUCGACACGUGGUGGUCCGUGCUGCCUACAUUGCAGUACGUGAUGCAGCGCAUGCUGGACACGUUCAAGACGACGAUAACCGCACCUCAAGCAAUGAAAGUCUUCACAGCGAAGAAAGAGAGCAAGAGAUCCUGGCCAGAACACUACUUGUAUCUGUUCGCUGUCAGCGACGCUGCGAACAGCGCUGAGCAGCAGGUUCUGGACGACAUCGUGCGCUACGCCUCGUCUGAGCUGUCGAUACACUCAUGGCGAAGUACCAGACGUACCGCAUCGACUACCUCGUGCACGCGCAAGGGCUCGCUCACCGCGCGCAAGCAAUCGAGAUUGAUUCUCGAUCAGGAAGAUCGUUCGGGAAGGAGGUCGACGCGCACGUGGACGAGUCCGUGUCGCGCAGGGAAACACGCACUUGCCACGGGUGUGGUAAGGUCGGCCAUCUGA